AUGUCCAAUCUUUGUGUUUCCUGCAACUCGGCAGACUCCUCAAUCCGCAGAUUUCUUCUUCGCUGUGACACCUGCAGCUCCCUUUGGCAUCACCGAUGCCAUAAACCGCCUGUAUCUGACCCUGAACUCAUUGCAAUUAUCGCACGCUUUAAUGAAGAGAAGAAAGCUGGCAAGCUCAAUCCUGCCUUUGUCUGGCGAUGUGGCUCGUGCUCGGCCCCAGCCGCCAAAUUACAAGCUGCCUUGCCUAAACGCGAUAUCCGCCAGGACUCCACGCCUCUCCCUAGCAGCUCAAAUCCUGCCAAACCUCCAGAAAAACACCGAUCUAUCGCGAUCGACGACGACGACGAUGAAAUAGUUAUCAUUGAAAAUCCACCGAAACAGGUAUCAUCCACCAAGCAAGUCAAAUUCUCUCACAAGUCUUCAAAUGCUUCCAGAGACUUUCGAGAUCCCACAGCUGGGACUAGUUCCACAAGUCUUUUUUCAACUACAGCUAAGAAAACUGUCCAUAAGCCACAAACAUCGACCAAGAGCACUGCAUCUGCUGCCUCGGUCCCUGCUCGAGCAACCAAAACGGUCGCAGUCAGACCGUCAGGCAUCCGCAUCAUCGACGAUCCUUUCUCAGGGUCCAUAGAACCGACGCCGAUACCGUCCCAACCUCCAACACGCCCACCUCUCAGAACACAUGGGUCCUCGUCAUCCAGCGCACUCGUCCCAGGGCUUCUCGAUCUGCACAUGUCCACAGAUAGAAACACGCCCGUGCGAAUGGCAGGCCAGGAUCGAAACCGCCGGCAAGACACGCUGGAAUAUGUCACCCCACCACCACCAUCAUCGAGACGACGAGAACCAGAUGUAAUCUCUCGGGGGCACACCAUAGAAUAUGUUACCCCGCCACCUCUGCCAUUGGUACGACGAGAACACGAUGUAAUUUCUCGAGGGCACACUAUAGAAUAUGCUACCCCACCUCCUCCACCAGUGGUACGCCGAGAACUAGAUGUGAUUUCUCGAGGGCACACGAUAGAAUACGUUACUCCGCCACCUCCACCAGUGGUACGACGAGAACACGAUGUAAUUUCUCGAGGGCACACGAUAGAAUAUGCUACUCCACCGCCCCCAACAUCAGUCUCUAUAAGAACAACUAUGGGCCCCCCUGCUUUGCCUCCUUCCCGAAUGUUAGGGCAUCCCCGUAUCGCUCAAAGCCUUCCCCCUAUCGCCGCCAUCGCUGAAGCUCCGGCUCGUAGACUGCUGUCAUCUUGGAUCCGUAAAGCUCAUAGCUCCGCGUAUACUGUGGAGCCCGAUAUAUGGCAAAGGUCAGCAGUGCGUCGUUUCAAUAUCAACGUUUCCGCUUCAGCUGCUAGUACUGGGGUCACGGUAUCAUCAGGCAAGUUUAAAGCUCAGAACUUGAGAAAGAGUGUAGGGAAAGAGGCGAAACUAUCGCAAGCUCCCUUCUUCUUUUCCUCGGACCUAUGGCUGAAUGCUAAGAAAGGUGUUCAGUCUUCCUAUCCUAAGGCUUGA